AUGCUUUCAAGACGGCCGACGAACGCCCUCCGUAGCCUUUUGCCUCAAUCCAUUGUGGUUGAAGGCGGCGGCUUUGGACAGGAAGACAAUCUGAUUGCUAUAUCCAACUUGUGGUGCAGUGCUCGGGUGAUCGUGCCCGUUUUGAACGUUGCUUUGCUGUGGGUUGUUAGUAGCCUGUAUGUUCGUUCUAGAAACCCCAAUUGCGCCGCUCUCAACCUGCAACGCCCAGAUAUCUCGCGGCGUAUGAAAGGGGAUGCAUUACCGUGGACGCCUACAACUACAACUGGUUUGAUGAGAUUCUCGGAGUCUGUUGGUUCAAAUGCACAUGCGUUCUCUUUCAGCGACAAGGGCGCCUUCUGUUUUGAGGGCCAAUGCUCGUCGACCCACAGUCGCGACACGCAUGAGUUCCCCAACUUUUUCCUUGGCGUCGGACCUGGGGGAUCUGGGAGUACCAACCUCGCUCGCGAAUUCAACGCUCAUCCAAGUGUUUUUGUGGGCGACGCACACCUAAAUUCGCAGAAAUGCUGCAGCAGCGAACUUUACGUGCUGAACAACCAGUCAAGGGCCUUUGAAGGGCAGGGAGCGUACGCGGCUUUCUUUUCCCAGGACGCGAUGGCGAAGCGAAGAACCCACUGGUUCGGGGAGAAAACUCCCCUUUACUCGGCUCACCGGCUGGUCCCCUUCCGUGCGAGGGCUAUUUUUGGCCCAUGGCUCAAACUGUUUAUCACGUGGCGUGAGCCGGCCGAGAUUUUCAUAUCACGGUAUUUCGGCCAUGUUCGCAGUCAGAAAAUACGCAACAAGACAUUCACUGAGUGGACGAACGCCUGGCUGAACGGUUUCCGUCGCGUGACAAAGUGCCGACAUGACAUUUUGCUCACCUUCGAGUUGACGGAACGCAUGAUCUACGAUCCGAGCUUCCCCCUUCCUGCGACGGCCGCCAUGGAAGAGCACCUUGUCAGACUGUGUGGCCUGCUGGCGAAUGGUGCAUAUGCAGCCUUGGAAGGGUUGGGUAUGUUCCGCCGUUGGGCUCACGUGUUUGAUCACCAGCAGAUUCUGUGCGUCCUUCUGGAGGACCAAAGCGCUAGAAUGGAUUGGGUGCGUGAUCGGAUGGCGCAGCAUCUCAACAUUGAUCGACACGGGUUCGAGAACAGUUCUAGAAAGCAGAAGGGAGUCAGUUCGUUUGACAGGCUCGAGACGCACCAGCGUGAGACGUAUGGCGAGCAGGCGGUGAAGCAAAUGUGGGGCACCAUCGCGGAGAUACAGAACAUUCCUCGUUCGAGUUCGUUCACCGAAGACCAGCGCUUGUUUUCUGAAUUGUGCAGUCAGUGA